UAUCUCCUGAACUCGAACUGUUCUAAAUAGAAGGCGGAAGAAAGGAGGGCGGCGGCGGAGAGUGGAAGAAGGCCAAGGAGAUGGCAGAGCAGCAGCUUAGCAUGGGCAUUCUCAUCGACAUUGUGGACGAGGAGUGGAUGCGUGACACUCUCCCCGACGAUGAUAUCCCGCUGCCGCCUGUAAUGGUCGCCAAGACCGACGACGCUGAAGAAGCGCAUCAGGAAAGUCAACCAGUUGAAAGAGAUGUUUGGCGCGACCUUGCCCUGGAAAAUGUGUAAGCACUUCAUGUGGGACAAGGUAUGGCCAGUCACCAAGCUUGGUGCCUUGAAGCUGCUCGAUGAUAGUUGACCUGUUUAAAAUUUCAAGUUUCUAUGUCUGUGUUGUAUUUGUGGAAACAGUUGAUGCUAGCUGGAUCAUGUUCCAUGUUAUCUCUAGAUUUGUACGAUUUUCUUUGCGUGUACUUGAUAUAUAGAAAUCUGGUAUUGGACUUUGUAUAAUGUUCAAUGGCAUAACAAUUAUCUGUUCUUGUUAA